AAAGAUCCAAUACUAAUUUAUACAUAUCCAAUUUUUUGGCACUCUUAUCUCGUGUUACCAAGAGAUUCGGUGACAAAUUUCCAUUUUUUAAUUUUUGCAUAAAAAUUUUAGCUUGCAAAAGUUUGGCUUCCUAAAAAUAAAGAAAAUUUGGUGCAUGAUUCGGUCUUAAUUUUUUAAAGUAAUACUUGUUCUAUAAACCAAUCUCGCGCAAUGGCGUCUUGAGAAAAUCUGAAAUAAAAGUAACAGUGAAAACCUUGAUAACUUUUAAAAAAGCUGUUUACGCUAAUCUAAGAAAAAAAUGAGACAACCGAUCAUACUGCGACGCUACUUGAAUAUCUUCAUCCGUUGAAGGAUAACGAACGAAAAACCCUGCCUGCUCCAAUUUGAUUAGAAGCUGCCUAAAAAAAACGGCAAACGUUAAUGCUUAACUCUAGAUCAUAUUUUUGCGGGAUUACCGGCAUAAAAAGUCUUCCGUAAUGACAGUUUCCUUAUGACACGUAUGUAAGAAACGUAAAACUGAGCUUGUGGAAUGAAAACAAAGAAAAAAACAAUUUCAAAAAAUUCUAAUUUAGUUUUUAAAAUAAAUUUUAGCCUACUUGACAAGCGUUCAAUAAUACUACUUUGUAAACUUAGUAAAUCUAUUGAGUCUAAAUUCGGUGCAACCUUAUAAAUAGCUAUUGGGGGAACACGUCGAUUUGAGCUAACAGAAACAUUUUUAUUGCCCAGGGAAUUGUCACGAACAUAACUUGAUAGAUUUUCCUCUGUUUUUUUUUCGAGUAACGACGAUGCUAAAAUACGCAAAGAGUCAAUGAAUGAUUCCUUUUUAAUAAUCAAUUGUUUCUGUAAAAUUGGUUUUCAAUUUUUCAAACAUGUUCUGGCUUAAAGUUAACCUGGACCUUUAAAUGGGUUUUAUGAACGAUUCUUCUAUUGAUGAUUUAUUGCAAGCAUUUUCGUAGUAGCUUGCAUGGUUAACUCUAUUCUUUUAUUACAAAGUUACCAAUAAAACCCUCACAUGAUUUCGGUUCAUGAAAUAUUGUGGUUCCGACAAUCUAAUUUCCUUUUUUUUUCUUUACUUUAAAGUAAGGUUUUAGCGUAUCAAAAUAUAUGAAGCGAUUAUUUAUUUUUUAUUUAUGAUUUAAUGUAUGUUCUAAAAAAAAAACUUUUAACAGCGAGUCAUCCAAAAUGGUGUCUUUCGUGCGAAUGAAAAUUUAAAAAAAAAAAAGAAAUGAAAUGAUAUAGUUAAUUUUUUAAAUAUUUCAGGUUAUUUUAAACAUAUAUAAAACAUUUUUUGGCAUAGUUUUAAAUGAUUUUUAGCAAUGGUCUUGUCCAUGGAUGGGACACUGUCACGUCUGGAGUCACACAAUGGUCCACGCAUCAAUGUUAGACUGAAAAUACCUACUAAAUAGCUUGUCAAAAUGGAAUUAAAAAAUCAAUCUUUUCAAAACACUAUUCAGCCAAUUGUAACGGGACAAUCUGUGUUAGCUGUAUGUUACAAAGAUGGGGUCAUGAUGAUAGCCGAUACUCAACUAUCUUAUGGUAAUCAACGAAAAUUUCAGGAUGUUCCUCGUUUGUUUUCUGUGUGUCGAUCAAAAGUACUCAUAGGUUUCAGUGGGGAACACUCGGAUGCACAAUAUAUCAUGAAAAUGAUGGAGCAAAUAGAUACCGAUAAUUUUGUAAAUCCAACUGUACCUUCUCUAAACGCUCUUCAAUUAUCAGGAUAUCUUUCUAGAAUUUUUUAUAAUCAUAGAAAUAAGUUUAAUCCUCUUUGGAACCAAACUUUGGUGGCUGGUAUCAAUGACAAUACACCGUAUUUAAGCUAUGUUGACUACCAUGGAACCACAUUCAAUGAUACUGUUAUGGCCACUGGAUUUGGAGCCUACUUUGCCUUACCGUUGCUACGAGAGAAAGCGAAAUCCGAUAUGACUGAAAGUGAAGCUAAAGAUUUGUUAGAGGAGUGUAUGAAAAUUCUUUCAGUGCGUGAUUGCCGUGGUCAUAAUAAGGUCUUGUUGGCUACUGUUAAUAAAGAUGGAGUGACCAUGCACGACAUGUACACUAUUAAGCAAAAUUGGGAACACAAGGCAUUUCUCACUCCCAGUAUUGCUAAUGACUUGUGCGGCUCUUCCUGGUAGUAAGCUCCGUGACACUUCUUAUGUACAACGGACAAUUAACCUUUUCUGUAAAAGACCACUCCAUUUCUUUUACUGUCUAUUAAACACAUUUGCAUUGUUUUCUUCAUCUCGACACUAAUCACUCAAAAUGUAAAAUAGUGUCACUUAUAAAUUUACAAAGCGUCAUUCUAAAUUAAUUAAUAUUGCUUCUGCGAUGAUUUAAAGUAGACUACAAAUUUUAAUUUAAGAUAACAAACAAGUAUUUUGUAUUUAUUGUCUUGUCUACAAAGACAAGUUAAAUGUUUGGAACCGCUGUGAUAAUCUGAUUCAGUUGAAUAAAACAAAAGUGUUAAAGUUUACAUUAGUAUGAAUUAUUAUGGUUUGUCCUUAAACAUUUUAAAAUGAAUUUCCAUUUUUUUUCAAUGACGCUACAUUAUAGCAGUUGUAAACAGCUACAGCAUGAGACAUAAUUUCAGAGCUUUUAUAUGUCGACACUACACUCUAGCGCUACACUAAAUCAAGAUAAUGAAUAGGUCAUGCUACGAAAAGAG